AUGCCUGUGUCUGCUGCUCUAGAAGUGCGCUCAGCUGCCUUCAAUAAAAACUGCCUGGACACAUUACAAAUGGACUACAGGAUGGCCAACUUUACACCUUAUACUUAUACCAUUCCUACACCUUAUCCUUAUACCAUUCCUACACCUUAUACUUAUACCAUUCCUACACCUUAUACUUAUACCAUUCCUACACCUUAUCCUUAUACCAUUCCUACACUUUAUACUUAUACCAUUCCUACACCUUAUCCUUAUACCAUUCCUACACCUUAUACUUAUACCAUUCCUACACUUUAUACUUAUACCAUUCCUACACCUUAUCCUUAUACCAUUCCUACACUUUAUACUUAUACCAUUCCUACACCUUAUACUUAUACCAUUCCUACACCUUAUACUUAUACCAUUCCUACACCUUAUCCUUAUACCAUUCCUACACUUUAUACUUAUACCAUUCCUACACCUUAUACUUAUACCAUUCCUACACCUUAUACUUAUACCAUUCCUACACCUUAUACUUAUACCAUUCCUACACCUUAUCCUUAUACCAUUCCUACACCUUAUACUUAUACCAUUCCUACACCUUAUACUUAUACCAUUCCUACACCUUAUACUUAUACCAUUCCUACACCUUAUCCUUAUACCAUUCCUACACCUUAUACUUAUACCAUUCCUACACCUUAUACUUAUACCAUUCCUACACCUUAUCCUUAUACCAUUCCUACACCUUAUACUUAUACCAUUCCUACACCUUAUACUUAUACCAUUCCUACACCUUAUCCUUAUACCAUUCCUACACCUUAUCCUUAUACCAUUCCUACACCUUAUACUUAUACCAUUCCUACACCUUAUCCUUAUACCAUUCCUACACCUUAUACUUAUACCAUUCCUACACCUUAUCCUUAUACCAUUCCUACACCUUAUCCUUAUACCAUUCCUACACCUUAUACUUAUACCAUUCCUACACCUUAUACUUAUACCAUUCCUACACAUUAUACCAUUCCUACACCUUAUACUUAUACCAUUCCUACACCUUAUACUUAUACCAUUCCUACACCUUAUCCUUAUACCAUUCCUACACCUUAUACUUAUACCAUUCCUACACCUUAUACUUAUACCAUUCCCACACCUUAUACUAAUACCAUUCCUACACUUUAUACUUAUACCAUUCCUACACCUUAUCCUUAUACCAUUCCUACACCUUAUCCUUAUACCAUUCCUACACCUUAUACUUAUACCAUUCCUACACCUUAUACUUAUACCAUUCCUACACCUUAUACUUAUACCAUUCCUACACCUUAUACUUAUACCAUUCCUACACCUUAUCCUUAUACCAUUCCUACACCUUAUACUUAUACCAUUCCUACACCUUAUACUUAUACCAUUCCUACACCUUAUACUUAUACCAUUCCUACACCUUAUACUUAUACCAUUCCUACACCUUAUACUUAUACCAUUCCUACACCUUAUCCUUAUACCAUUCCUACACCUUAUACUUAUACCAUUCCUACACCUUAUACUUAUACCAUUCCUACACCUUAUCCUUAUACCAUUCCUACACCUUAUACUUAUACCAUUCCUACACCUUAUCCUUAUACCAUUCCUACACCUUAUACUUAUACCAUUCCUACACCUUAUACUUAUACCAUUCCUACACCUUAUCCUUAUACCAUUCCUACACCUUAUACUUAUACCAUUCCUACACCUUAUCCUUAUACCAUUCCUACACGUUAUACUUAUACCAUUCCUACACAUUAUACUUAUACCAUUCCUACACCUUAUACUUAUACCAUUCCUACACCUUAUACUUAUACCAUUCCUACACCUUAUACUUAUACCAUUCCUACACCUUAUACUUAUACCAUUCCUACACCUUAUCCUUAUACCAUUCCUACACCUUAUCCUUAUACCAUUCCUACACCUUAUACUUAUACCAUUCCUACACCUUAUCCUUAUACCAUUCCUACACCUUAUACUUAUACCAUUCCUACACUUUAUACUUAUACCAUUCCUACACCUUAUCCUUAUACCAUUCCUACACCUUAUACUUAUACCAUUCCUACACCUUAUCCUUAUACCAUUCCUACACCUUAUACUUAUACCAUUCCUACACCUUAUACUUAUACCAUUCCUACACCUUAUACUUAUACCAUUCCUACACCUUAUACUUAUACCAUUCCUACACCUUAUACUUAUACCAUUCCUACACCUUAUACUUAUACCAUUCCUACACCUUAUCCUUAUACCAUUCCUACACCUUAUCCUUAUACCAUUCCUACACCUUAUACUUAUACCAUUCCUACACCUUAUACUUAUACCAUUCCUACACUUUAUACUUAUACCAUUCCUACACGUUAA